AUCUUUUAUUACCUCAUAAAGCAAGCUGUCAUGUCUCAUAUAAACUGCUCUCAUGAAUGAGACCUGACUGAAGAAUAUCUACAUACAAUCUUAAUUCUCGGUUAUAUUUUUAAUGGGUUUUUUUUAUCUCACUUUAAAUUCAAGUUAAAACACAAACAUUAAAAAGAAAGAGUCCCUUAAACGAUAAUAGCAGAACAUUUGAUGUGAAAUCCAUUCCAAUGGUCUGGUUGAAUCCUCUCUUUGUUCGGCUGGGUCACAUGACGCUCUGCUGCCCUAUAGGAGGAAUAACCUUCAGCACAUGGUGACCGGACACAAAACCCUGUCUGUUCUUUCACUCCGAACGCUCUGAACAGCGCUCUUAUUUUUAAUGUCAUUUUUGAAAGGAUUUCUGUUUUAAAGACUUCAAUAACAAGACCUCAGAGCCUGCUGGGAAAAACCUGACAAUAAAAUAUUGUCUCAAUUAUUUUUACCAGCGUUUGUAAUCGACGCAGAAGAAAUGUAGACCACUUUUUUACAUUUACUCAUGCAGACACUUUCCAUUAGGUCAAAAUACUGCCUUAAAGUCCCAGUGAAAUAAAAAAUUACAAUGCCUAUUUUUUUCAUGAAAUACUGCAGCGUAUUUUGUAAAUAGUUUAUCAAUGUGGGUCAUUCUCUUUUUAAAAUUCGUGUGCCCUCAUAAUCUGUUGUUAAAAUCUGAAAAUGCACUUCCUUCCUGUAAUGACUAUCAAUCUUAAAUGAGGUACGUUAGACGGCUUGGGCGGAGCAUCGGUUAACUCCUCCCCUUCAACUGUCAGUCUGCAUUUAAAAAUGCAACGGCUGUUUUUAUACAUCCAAUCAAAUCGCAGAGAAAGGCGGAAGCCACGCCCACUAUUUUUCUCAUUAGAAAUUCCAUUUCACUCUGUAACGCGUCAAAAUACGGAAGUUAAAACGAUCGCAACUUUCGGUUCACAGGGACUUUAAGACUUGAUUAAAGCGUCGUGACCGUCUGAUCACAAAUUUUUACAUAAAAAACUAUGACAAAAUGGAUUACAGAAUAGCGUUUUUCCCUAAAAAUGUUGUUGUUUAAAUGUCUUACAGUAGUUUUAAAGGGUUUAAAACUAAUAAUAAUAAAAAUAAAAAUCAUGAAAUAUGGAGAUACAGGGUUUCAGAAGGACAGCAGCGAUAUGCAUCUGUCAUACACUUCACGUAUGCUUUAGUUUUUUUUAGGGAUGCUCUGAUCGAUCAGCCGCAGAUCAGUAUCUGCCGAUAAUCACAUUUUAUGAUUCGAUCGGUACUCUCUAAACUUGGCCGAUGUCACAGACAGAUCGCAAUUUGAUUGAAAUAUGAUUUGGCGCCGCAGUCAUGUCAUCGCCAGUGUGGAAUUACUAUGAUGUUUGCCCUGUAAUUUUCGAAGAAAUCUCACAUGGACAAGCAGUGUCCACAGCAUUUAAAAUGACGAAUCUGAAAGUUUUUACGUUUAAAAAUGGUAAAAAUAUAACAAACGCAACACCUAUGGUAUUAUUUUAUCUGAAGAAAAAGGUAACAUCAGGAUCUGUAUCGACCGAUCACGAUGACAAGAAAUUGGUACUCGGUACUGGCUGCAAAAAUCCUCAUCCGAGCAUCCCUAGUUUUCUUCUCCAUACUAUUUAUUAACUUGUGCAAUAUUCUUAAGUUACAGGAUCAUAGUGUGUAUCUUAUUGUGUUUAUUAUCUUAUUGCAAAUAUAUAUAUAUAUAUAUAUUUUUUUAAAUAUAAAAUCAUGUUCCAUGACAAUAUUUUGUAAAUUACCUAUCAUAAAUAUAUAAAAACUUUGCUUUUGUGAGUGAAUGCAGCAAAACCGCGUACAAAAAUAGCGGGAGACACGCCUAGAAACAUCGCUCGCCGCUACCCGCUCUUUGGGAAUGACCCACUCAAGUUUGGUAUCUAUGUAAAAGCUUAGAAUUUCAGCUUUCGGGUUUGUCUACUCUCCACAACGUCAUCACAGUGGUGAGCAUUAAAACAAACCUGUUUCUUCUCAGUAACGGCCUGCUACGGCGCCACUGAUUAGCAACUUCAAAGGCGAUUUUUUCAAUAUGUCUAUUUUUUUGCACCCCAAAUUAUUGUAUCUCGGCCAAAUAUUGUCUGAUCGUAACAAACCAUACAUCAAUGGAAAGCUUAUUUAUUCAGCUUUCGGAUGAUGUAUAAAUCUUAAUUUCGAAAAAUUUGACCCAUAAGACAUGGUCCAUGGUCACAAAUAUGAUUUUGACGUGAUUUUUUACAGUGAUGUUUCGUUAACACGUGUUCGUGUGCUUAGAUUUAAUCCUUUCAGAUCAGAGCACAAAAAAACGUUAUUUCAUUUAUUCGCCCUCAUGUGGUUGUAAACCUGUAUGUGACUUUUUCUUCUACGGAACACAAAAGAAGAUAUUUAGAAAAACGUCUCAGUGGUUUUGUGUUCAAGCAAUGGAAGUCGAUGGGGUUCAGUGUUAUUUGGGUUACCAACAUUCUACAAAAAAUCUUCUGUCGUGUUCUGCCGAAGAAAGAAAGUCAUACAGGUUCGAGGGUGAAUACAUGACGACAGAAUGUUCACGUUGGGCUGAACUAUCCCUUUAAGAAACUCAACGCUUUAGAAAUCAAAUCACUUGAGGAGCUGAAGAACAUGACCGUGGUUAACAGGAACCUUGUGUUUUCUCUCUUUCAUCUGCUGGUCUCCACCUCUUUAAAGCUCUUCUCUCUCUCUCUUACUGCCUGUCACCCAACUUCCUUCUCCCUCUGUCUGGUUUUGUUUUCCAAACAAGGUUCCCUGUACAGGAAAUUGUGUAUUCUGGAAGCAUUCCGGAAGGUGAAGAACAGAUUUCCUGUUGGAGCCACGGCUGCAAAAAAAGAAAAGAAAAACAGAGAGGAAGAAGGAAAGCGGAGCGGGGGGUUUGCAGAUGAGGCGGGGGGGUUGGGUUCGGCAAUAUCCAAACCGCUGGAGAAAAAGCAGGCGGUUAUUUCUCUCCCCUCCCCUCAGCAAAACUCUGACAUUUCAGACGUCCGGUCAACACCAGCGGGACCUCCUGAAGAACAUAACACGAAGACGAGACAUACAGACUGAGAAAGACUGUGAGAAGAGUACGUCCAGAGAUACGGCCGUUUACUGCGUGACCCUCGGAGAGACAAAGGCUUGGCGUGUGAACUUUCCCCCUGACAUGCCACACAUCUCACCUCCCGGCCUGCGCGAGGGCAAGAGGGUGGAGAGACCCUGACGAUGAAGUGACGCUGGGCGUGUACCACGGUUCUGAAUUCUUCUCCCACACCAGAUCUUCAGUGGCUCGGUCAAGAUGUGAGCGGAGGAUUUCUUUUGUGUACGCCGUGGACUUCUCUUUUCACUUUUUCCCAAGCACGUUUUCCCUCCGCCGAUGGUCGAUUCUGAGGUGUGUGGCUAAGACACGGAGGUCUGAUGAAGAACAAGGCUGCUAAGCUGAAGUCCAAGAGAAAAGGAAGUGAGAAUGCGUUCGGCUGUGACCUGACUGAACAUCUGCAGAACUCAGGACACGACGUUCCUCAGGUCCUGAAGACGUGUGCAGAGUUCAUCGAGAAACAUGGCAUUGUGGACGGAAUCUACAGGCUCUCAGGAAUCACAUCCAACAUUCAGAGACUCAGACAGGAGAUUUGCUCGGAGCUCAGUCCUGACCUCACUAAAGAAGUGUAUCUUCAGGACAUCCACUGCGUCGGCUCUUUAUGUAAGCUGUACUUCAGAGAGCUGCCCAACCCUCUGCUCACGUAUGAACUCUACAAGAAAUUUACUGAUGCUGUGGCAUAUAAAGAGGAACAUGAACAGCUGUGGAACAUGAAGAGCGUCAUCAAAGAACUUCCAAUUCCUCACUUCAGAACUCUGGAAUACCUCACCAAACAUCUGGCUCAUUUGGCCACGCUCAGUCACCAGACCAACAUGCACGCUCGCAACCUAGCUCUGGUGUGGGCUCCUAAUCUCCUGCGCUCAAAGGAGGUGGAGGUGUCCACGUGUAACGGUGACGUGGCGUUUCUGGAGGUGCGAGUCCAGCAGUCGGUUGUGGAGUUUAUUCUCAACCACACCGAUCAGAUCUUCCACGAUCUUCCGCCGACCAAACCCAGAGAAGUCCAUAGUGUGGCCUGCGGGGAGAAAUACGCCACCUUGCCGGCCACCAUGCAGUGCGCUCCCAUGAAGCUCAUGAGUCUUGAAGAAGCCCAGGCUCGCUCGCUCAGUCCAAACCAUCCGGUGAUGAGAGAGAGACAGAGAGAGAACAGCCUGCCAGACACCAGCACCGCUGCCAUGUAUCAUACAGUCAUAGAUCUGUCUGACAGCAGAAGAAAGUUCUCUGGAAAGUCAAAGAAGUGGAAGUCUAUCUUCAGUUUGGGACGCUCCGUCAUGGAAUCUAAAGGGAAACUGAGUCGCAAUGGUAGUGUGUUUAUGAGAGGCCAAAAUAUGUCAGAAAAACCUCCUAUACGGCCAUCCAAAAGCAUGGACUCUCUCUGUUCUCAACCAGCAGAUGAGGAUAAAGCGGCCACAGCAGGAGGAAGCAACGGCAUCUUCAUCCCAGUUCUGAAAUGCAGAACACUGGGCUCAGACAUCGACUACAACCUGAACGAGAGGGAUUCAAAGUGGGAUUUAGGGCAUCACACGGCCUCAGGAGGACGUCAGAACGAGAAAGAUCCUCCAAACCUACCUCCUGCAUCAUCCUCUUCAUCUCCACAGCAGAAAACUCUUCCAGAACAGCUGAAAGUGUUCAAAGGUGACGAGCGCAGCGGCUGCCAGCCGACGUCUCCCAAGAACCGCCGGAUGUUGUAUUCCGGCUCUACCAGCAACGGAUCGUCCAGACCGUCUUUUCCGGGCAGCCUGUUUCCACUGGAGUCCUCGCCACGGCACCAACGCAAGGCCCUGAAUAUUUCCGAGCCGUUUGCUGUGUCCGUACCCCUGCGCGUGUCUGCGGUCAUUAACUCCAACAGCACACCCUGCAGGGCGCCAGGGAAAGAACGGGACAGGGCUUUAGGGGGACUCUUCAGUCCCACCAGGGAGGCCGGACCUUCAGAAGGCCGUGGCAGCGAUGCUGGGUUCAGAGUUCCCAUCGGCAGCGGCGGUCUGAACUUUGGGUUCACAGACUGGGAGGCUGGACUGGGAGGAGGCAGUCACAGUACUGGGCACAGGGAGCACUCGCUCGCUGACAGCAGCGGAGGCAGCGGAUGCAGUAUCUAUAGCAACAGCAGCUCUUUUCCAAUGGAAAAUGAAGAGCAUCAGACUGGGGGGAAAGAUAUUACUGAUGACAUCACUCUGGGGAGGACAGAAAGCAGGGAUGCAGAAGUGAGAGAACUUAUCGCCAGCGUGCAGAAUUUUGAGCCCCGGGUGCCGUCUGAAACUAAAGUGACAGUUGAUUACAAAAGAAAAUCUCAAGCGUCUGGAGAUGAACUGGAAACUGGAACACGACAGGAGAUCACCACAUUGGACAAACUGGACAACGAGGUAAUCAUCAGGGAGACGUCGCCUGGCAUCCAUCAGAACGUUGCCAUCGCCGAUGGUCAAACAAACACAGUGGAUGGAAAGAUGAAAUCAAGCUUUACCAAUAUUACUGAGGACACGGUGAAGCUAAGUGCUGACGCGAAAAGAAGAAGCAGUUUGCCUGCAAACACUAUAUCAGCAAAAGAACUCAAUUUGGAAGAAACCAAAAUCUCAACCGUUGAUCAUUCUGGUGCUACUGUGUUUAAAUAUAUUGCGAAGCCUUUUCCAGAAAGAUUGAUGUCAUGUGACGGUGGUUGGAAUUACCUGGAUCAUGAUGUGGAUGGGACGGAGCGCAAGAGCCAAGAGUCGCAGGACAAAAUGAACAGUCUACAGCUUUCUCCGUUUCUACACCUGAAAGAAACAGAUAUUCUCCAGGAUGCAGAACCGUGGACUUGUAUUGAAGAGGAUCCCGCUGAGAAAGCCACGGUUUGUGAAAGUGAGACGAAGGAACCGUCAGCAACGCAGGAGAUCUGCGUGCGAGGAAAUAAGAAGGUUGGCCGUGAAGCCAUGAAGCUUGACUUGACAGAAAGAAACAAGGGAAGUUUGGAAAGACUCUCAACGUGUUUGAAUGAGCAACAUCUCACUUUGGACGUUUUGUGUCAGGAUGAUGCAGACACGUGGGGGAGUCACUUGGGAGGUUUGGAUCAGGUUGAACCGUGGGAAGACUUCUGUACCGCCAAACAGUGGGUAACCAGCCCUCUGCACUCACCAAUACUCGAGGAUUACUUGAGAAAGACUACGCAAUGUCAAGCGACUCAAAGCAUAGCUCUCGAUAAACUAAACGUGGAGCGGUUGCCCGACAGCAAGAGAGUCCAAGCUAAAGAAGCAGCUGUGACCAAUGACGUGACAUCAUCUUCAACAGAUGUUCCUGUGACCGCUGCGUGUAAACUUGGAAAGUCGGACCUCCCAAAAGAAAACAAAAACGCAGACGUAUCUUGUUUUGCACAGAAAACAAAGCGCCCGGACAGCGAUAACGGCGAGAUUCCACAGAUGAGGGUAUUCAAGAUGUCCGUUGAUCCCAACAAGAUCGACAAGAACAAGGUGACCGGACUGCAAAAUGUAAGCAAAGGCAAACAGAAGCACUCUCAGAGGUUUCACCGACAGACAUCUCACGAGUCCUGCGUCACCGACAGAAGUAACGAAAACCUGGUAGCCAAACACAGGCCAUGCUCCCUAAACCUUGAUUUAGGACACAGGGGCGUCAGAGACAUUUCAAACUGUCAAUAUCUUAAAAGUUCAGCACGAGAAGGGCUGAAUGACCCGUCUCUAGAGUUGGAGCUGUUCCUGAGCCGCUCUCAGGCACCCGUGCGACGCAACUCCGCGCCGGUUAGCGUGUCCUCGGUCCGGACCGCGUUCAUGAUCAAAACCUGUCAAGCCAAAGCUGUGCCUGUUAUUCCACCCAAAAUCCAGUACAGCCACGUACCUCCUCCUCUCGCGAAAGGAAACUCAGAUCAAAAAAGCACACCGGAGAAGAAACCUGUCAAGAGCAAGCUGAGUAAAGCAGGUUCUGCACCUCCUCUCCAGAAUAUCCGAAAUCCCAAGGAGGCGAAAGAAAGUUGCAACGCAUCGAGAGAGGUGCAAAAACCCACCACCAAGGACAAUGAGACUUGCCAAGCAAAACCCAUCCCAGAUCUCCCAGUACUGAGAAGGAAGCGAUCGGCUAACGGAGACACGUUCAUGGACCGUCCAAGACCCGAGCGCUCAAAGCUGCUCCAAAGAUCGUCCUUCAGAAACCGGCCGAGGCCUCAGAGCCUCAUUCUGUUCAGCCCGCCGUUUCCAAUCAUGGACUAUCAUGCUACAGGGGAUGAUGGGAAAACGGUCCUGUCGCCCAUUCAAGCUGAAGCGUCGCCGUUCGAUGUCUACGCAAAGGAACUCGCCGAAAACCUCAAGACCCCUGAGGGGGUGACCAUGCGUAAUAAAAUGACUUUGCCAAAGAGCGGACAGAGGCUGGAGACCUCCACCAGUUGCUUUUACCAGCCACAGAGGAGGUCCAUGAUAUUUGACAACAGGAGUAACAGGCAAAUCGAGUGACUUGACGUAGUUUUGCACACGUGACGAUGCCUGGUGCCAUUUGAUGAUAUUAUGCUUUGUGUAAAAUGCUGCUGCUACGGAUUUAUACCAGAGAUGUAUUUGCUUUUAAGACAAACUCGUGAGACUCAGCAGCUCCUGUAUGUAAAUACAGAAUGCACGUCCAUACCGAAUCGAAAUUAAAAUGGACCCGUUCCCUCCCCGCGAGCUGUGAUGUCUGUUUCUACUUUAUCUUGCUUGGAACAUAUUAUGUUUACAAUCGAAGGCAUGGGUAUAAAAUGUCUUUCAUCUACGUGAUGUAAUCAGCCAUCGAGCAGGCCAGCCAAGGAGAAUAUAACACUAUUACAAUUGUUUUUGUACAAAAAUGCCAGCAUCCAAAUGUUUAUUUAUUCUGUAUUGUCAUUGCUUGUCUGUAUACUCCGUUUCAGUAUUGUGUACUCUGAAGAGUACAAUUCAGUUUGUGUAAAUGUUUAGGGUAAAUAUCCUAUGGUUUCAGGACAGGUGAAUGUUCUUGAACAAUUCCAACAUUAUUUCUUGUCUUGUUUUGCUCAGUAAUUCCGUUUUUAAUAUUUUCAAAUCACGUGGUUGCUCGGUUAGAGAUUUAUAGAGAAAACUACAUGAUGGCGAGAUUGCAAGAAAUGGGAAACAGAAUGAAAAUUGUGUUUUAUAUAAAGUGUAAAGCAGAGGACUCUGGGCAAUGUAUUAUGAAUGAGACAGUGAUUAUGAGAGCUGUCAGUCAUUGUAACCAAAAACAUUAACAUUGUUAUUUGCCCUUUCUGUAUUAAUCAAAUUGGAUUUAUCGUAUGUAUUCUUUCCAAAGAAAACAAUAAAUAAAAUGUCAUAUAUGUAAUGUGUACACUUACAGUAUGCUUCAAGUUAAAUGUAAAGUUGAUCAAAAGCCAUAUUUUUGUUUCAAUGUGUAUAUUACUAUAUUGCAAAUUUUCCAGUGACAAAAGUACAUUA